GUCUUAUUAAGUGGUCAUUUACUGGCCUAGACUAUAGCAUACAUACAAAUUACAAUCACUUUGUGUUUUAGUGAAUGAACACUGUUCAUUGCAUCCAGCCGUAAUUUUGAGUUCAAGGUUACCCUUCAGAUUUUUGGUCAGUCGGAUUAUACUUGAUGUACGGAGCUAAAUAUUUCUGGAUUCUGCUGACUCUUUGUGCAAACAUUCUCGCACAAGAAGACGCGGUAUCUGGCAGUUGCUUCACUCAGUUGACCGGAUUGGUAGGUGAUAUUAAUGCAGAAGUUCAAAAUAUAACAAACUUCAACAAUCUUAAAAUUCUACCUCGUAUUAAAAACAUUAUCCAGAAGGAUUUCUUUCACUAUUUCGAGGUUAAUCUAAAACGCAAAUGUCCAUUUUUCGAAGAUGAUAAACGGUGUCCCUCAUCUGACUGUCGUGUCAACGACUGUCCAGCUGAAGAAAUUCCUCUGGGCUUGCGUGAAGAUUCUCUAAAGUCUUCACCCCAUUAUAAAUAUUCUCAAGAAGCUAACAUGUAUCCUGAAGGAGAAAUCGAUUGCGGGCUAGGUCAGCUGGAUAGUUCUUUAAGUGAAGAACGUAAAACUAUAAUUGCCAACUGGGCUCGUCAUGACACUGAAGAUGAACUUACAUUUUGUGAACCUGAUGAUGACAGUUCCGGCAAAAUGAUCUAUGUGGAUUUACUUAAAAAUCCGGAACGUUAUACAGGCUACAAAGGACCUGCUUCGAACAGAAUUUGGUAUAUGAUAUAUAACGAAAAUUGUUUCAAUGAAGAUUCCACAAAUUAUGGUCCAGGAUUCCUCAGUGCAAGUCAGUCUUCGUGUUUUGAGAAACGUGCAUUUUAUCGAAUGAUAUCUGGAUUACACAGCAGCAUUAGUAUUCAUUUGUCUUAUCGAUAUCCAUUGAGUCUUUUUUCAAGGAAUCAACCUAUUUCUCGUGAUUACGAUAAAAAUAAUCCAGGUUGGGGUCCGAAUUUAGAAGAAUUCCGUCGUCGCUUUGAUCCAUCUAUUGUACCUGAUGGUCCUAUUCGAUUGCGUAACCUAUACUUCACUUAUUUAGUAGAACUACGCGCUUUGGCUAAAGCGGCACCAUAUUUACUGAAACAAAAUUAUUUCACAGGGGAUAGUGAAAUGGACAGGGAGACUAGAACUGCUGUUAAAGAUUUUCUACACAUUAUUCAAAAUGAAGGUAGUAUAUUCAAUGAACACCUUCUAUUCACUGGAAAUAUUACCGAGGCGAAUAUACUGAAGAAACAGUUUCGAGAGCAUUUUCUCAAUAUUUCACGUAUAAUGGAUUGUGUUGGUUGUGAAAAGUGCAGAUUAUGGGGAAAACUUCAAACUCAAGGUAUGGGUACUGCUUUGAAAAUCCUAUUCUCUGACACUGUACGAAAAGAAAAUCCUCUCGAUCAAUCAAGCACUGUGGAACCAAACUUUCAAUUAAGGCGUACUGAAAUAAUUUCUUUAUUCAAUGCAUUCGGUCGCCUUUCUACAAGUAUUGGAGCACUAGAUGACUUCUGUCAAAUGAUUCAUGAAUCUGAGAAAAGAAAACGAUUUACAUCAUCUGGAUAAGAUCAGUUUGUACUGCUUUGUUAUUGAUAAUCACUAUACUUCUACUUUGUCAUUUCAUUCCUAUUGAUUUAUUUCAUUUUUAUCUUUUGUCCACGUGUAUACUUCUUCUUCUUCUUCUUGUUCUUCCCAACUUUGAGCAAUUUUGUUUUUAGUGACUAUAACUGUACUACUUCUCAGUGUCUGUCUUUCAGUUUUAUACUACAUACGUACAUUCAUGUAUUCGACAAAUAACUUAGUGUGAUAUAUUUUCGUGUACAACUUUGUUGUUCAUAGCCAUUCUUUGCUCGGAUAUGUUUGUGUCCAAGUGAUAUACUUGUGUCUCUUCGACUAUCAAUUCUCUUUUUUAUAGUCUUUGUAGGUUUAUCCGUCUUAAUUUAUUAUUUAUCAUUGUAAACUAGUGUAUACAUGUAUAUGCCUUGUGUGUGUGUGUGUGUGUUUAUUACUUUCCGAUUCUUUGAUGUCCGUUUCACUGUGCGUUGUUGUAACAGUGUUACUUCUCUUGUAAUUGUUUUUCAGCUGGUUUCACCAAUCAUCGAAAAAAACUUCAUUUCCCUUUUUGAUACCUUCAUUUCCAUUUAUUCAUCAUCCGAACCAUUUACUACUUUUUCUUCUCUCUUGAUAAGAUGACUGAAUUGCAUAGAAUAUUGUAAAACCUGAUUCUUACUGUGUACUAGGAACCUUCUGCUGAAGAAACUGUGUAAUACAAACUUGUUAUUUCUCACUCUCUCUCUGUCUAUCUGUCUCCUUGUUUAUGUAUAUGAUUUAGUUAUUAUGACAACUAUCCAUCUGAUGUGUCUAGUAUUGAAGCAUCUCUUGAAAACUUUGUAAAAAGAAAAAAAUUAAUGUAAUUGGUGAGCGUGUAAACAACAAGUAGUAGGACAGUUAGUAGAAAUUCUUCAUCAUCUUGUCAACAACUAUACUCCAUCGUAUUAUAAACUUGUCUUCUAUCCUGUCCUAUUCACAUAAACGUGUUUUUUUGCCCUCUUAAAUGAUGAAGUGUAUGUAUUCCCCUUGGGAACUAUACACGUUUUUGUAUACAGACAGUUUUAUCUUCCUAGUGUAUAUGCCACUUUUUUUUCUCUCCUUGUAAAACCUACAAUCCAUCUUGAUUCUUGUCUUCAUUGUUUUAUUUCUCCUUGCUGCUAUUAAUCAUCCUUUUUCUGGUUUGUAUGAAUUCUCUUUUUGUUAAAGAAGUACUGAAAUACAUAAAUAUAUAUUUGUCGUAUGUU